CGACGAAAAUAGAGAGGGAUCGCCUGCAAAUCCCCAGCUCCGGCGGGGCUAAACCUUGCAAUCCCUCCCCGGCAGGCGCCGAGCCAGGGCGCAGCGGCCUCCACCACCUCCCUGGCGCGCACACACCGGCACACGCGCGCACGCACGCACACACUCCCCCGCACUCACAUUCACUGUCCUCCCCCUGCCGGUGCCCGCCACUCGGCACGCCAGCCUGCCCCGCAGCAAAGCACAGGUGGCAGCGGCGGCGGCGGGGGCGCAGCGUUGUUGCGCGCUUCUGUAGCCCCCAGGACAGCGCUGUCUUUGGGAAACCAUCCUCCGAUCUCUCCAAACCCCUAGAGUCCAGCCAAGCGCUACUGCAACCUACAGAGGGGAGCGCGGGACGCGCGCUGUGCAGAGCUAGGACGUGGAUUAGCGCCCGCAGGAGGCUCCAGCGCGCGUUGAGGCGCUAAAGGGCUUACCCGGGAGGGGGGUGGAAGGGCGGAGAGAGGCUCCCCCUUAAAUACCGCUCCCCGCCACACUCGCGCUCACCCCUGCGCCGGCUCGCUCCCUCGCUCGCUGCUGCCGGACUGUGCCGAAGAGGAGGGGGCGUUCCCCAGACCAUGGCAUCCACUGAAGGUGCCAACAACAUGCCCAAGCAGGUGGAAGUACGGAUGCUUGACAGCCACCUCAGCUCAGAGGAGCCGAAGCACCGAUCCCUGGGCCUGCGCUUGUGCGACAAGCUGGGGAAGAAUCUCCUGCUCACACUGACGGUGUUCGGCGUCAUCCUGGGGGCCGUGUGCGGGGGGCUGCUCCGCCUGGCGUCUCCCAUCCACCCUGAUGUGGUCAUGCUGAUAGCGUUCCCAGGGGAUAUCCUCAUGAGGAUGCUCAAAAUGCUCAUUCUCCCUCUCAUCAUCUCCAGUUUAAUCACAGGGUUGUCAGGGCUGGACGCUAAAGCCAGCGGGCGCUUAGGCACGAGGGCCAUGGUGUACUACAUGUCCACAACCAUCAUCGCCGCGGUGCUGGGGGUCAUCCUGGUCUUGGCCAUCCACCCUGGCAACCCCAAACUCAAGAAGCAGCUGGGGCCCGGGAAGAAGAACGACGAGGUGUCCAGUCUGGAUGCCUUCCUGGAUCUUAUUCGGAAUCUCUUCCCUGAAAAUCUGGUCCAAGCCUGUUUCCAACAGAUUCAAACAGUGACAAAGAAAGUGCUAGUGGCCCCUCAGUCAGAGGAGGCGAAUGCAACCAACGCGGUCAUCUCCCUGUUGAACGAGACUGUGACGGAGGCUCCCGAGGAGACUAAGAUGGUUAUCAAAAAGGGCCUGGAGUUCAAGGAUGGGAUGAAUGUCUUAGGUCUGAUAGGGUUUUUCAUUGCCUUUGGCAUCGCCAUGGGGAAGAUGGGUGAGCAGGCCAAGCUGAUGGUGGAGUUCUUCAACAUUUUGAACGAGAUCGUAAUGAAAUUAGUGAUCAUGAUCAUGUGGUACUCUCCCCUGGGUAUCGCCUGCCUAAUCUGUGGGAAGAUCAUUGCAAUCAAGGACUUAGAAGUGGUUGCUAGGCAACUGGGGAUGUACAUGGUAACAGUGAUCGUGGGCCUCAUCAUCCACGGGGGCAUCUUUCUCCCUUUGAUUUACUUUGUAGUGACCAGGAAAAACCCGUUCUCCUUUUUUGCUGGCAUUUUCCAAGCUUGGAUCACUGCCUUGGGCACUGCUUCCAGUGCUGGAACUCUGCCUGUCACCUUCCGUUGCCUAGAAGAAAAUCUAGGGAUUGAUAAGCGCGUGACCAGAUUUGUCCUCCCAGUUGGAGCAACCAUUAACAUGGAUGGUACAGCCCUUUAUGAAGCAGUGGCCGCCAUCUUUAUUGCCCAAAUGAAUGGUGUCAUUCUGGAUGGAGGCCAGAUCGUGACUGUGAGCCUCACAGCCACCCUGGCGAGUGUGGGCGCAGCCAGUAUCCCCAGCGCCGGGCUGGUCACCAUGCUCCUCAUUCUGACAGCUGUGGGCCUGCCGACAGAAGACAUCAGCCUGCUGGUGGCUGUGGACUGGCUGCUGGACAGGAUGAGAACUUCAGUCAAUGUCGUGGGUGACUCUUUUGGGGCUGGGAUUGUCUAUCACCUCUCCAAGUCUGAGCUGGAUACAAUUGACUCCCAACACCGAGUGCAUGAAGACAUUGAAAUGACCAAGACUCAAUCCAUUUACGAUGACAUGAAGAACCACAGGGAAAGCAACUCUAACCAAUGUGUCUAUGCUGCACACAACUCUGUCAUAGUAGAUGAGUGCAAGGUAACUCUGGCAACCAAUGGAAAGUCAGCUGACUGCAGUGUUGAGGAAGAGCCCUGGAAACGUGAAAAAUAAGGAUAUGACUCUCAGCAAAUUCUUGAAUAAGCUCCCCAGCGUACCUUAUGGUAAAGAUGAUAUCAACAAGCUUUCUUUUAAAAGGAAAAAAAAAAAUGCAUAUAUUUCUAUGUUACUUAAUCUGUUAGCUGAGGCUUAGAGGAGCUGUUGUGAGUCAUGAUGACAGGCAGGGUGCUGUGUCUUUGCCAAAUAACGCUUCAUAAACGUCUAAUUUGCUCACUUGUAUUAUUGUUUGAAUGGAUGCUGCUGGAGGAAUCACGCUGAAUUGAAGACACAUUCUUGCCAGUUUCCUUUUUUUUUCCUCUCUCUCUCAAGAUGCAGAGCUGUGGAAAUUCUUUUCCCAAGGGACAUGACAAAAGCAGAGUGGUACACUCCAGGGACUUGGGACAACGAGCACACAUGCACACGGUGUGUUAUUCCUUAAAGUGUUCAUAUCUUGCCUUGUUACGCACAAGAGACUCUGCUAGAAGCCUCUAGACGUAACUCCCCUUCGAUGUCUUGUAGAGUUUGCACAUGCUGAGACUAAAAGCAAAUAUCUGUCUUAGGGAACUUGGACAAUUUAUCUUUCAUGCACCCUUAAAUGUUCCCAGAGUUUUAGUGGGAGCCACACUCUUAACGUGCAGUUGAUUAUGGAACCCUUUGCUUCUCCGUCCCGUGCAGUUUGGAGAUUCUAGAAAGUCUGUAUGAAUAAUGGUUGAAAUUUCAAAAUAUACAUCCUAAUUCUCUCUCAGUUUGAUCAUGGAUUAGAAAGCAUUUUAUGCAUAACCACUGCAUCCAGUGACAAAAUGAAGAGCGCACCAUUGAUAUUGACUUUAACCAGACUUAUGUAUUGAAAUUCAUUUAUGCUUGUUUGGCACUCACCGGACACAGUGACACCAAGUGAGACUGUUACGUCUGUGUUUUCCUUUCUUUGUUUUUCCCAUAAGGCUCUCAUUUGGGUUUCUAACCAAAAAGCUAGUUUCAAUCCCCAGGUUGUUCCUGACACGUCCACCUAGUGGGCCUCGUCACUUUGUCCCUUGCACCCGAAGGAUGCUUGUGCCUCUUUCCAAAUCAUAUCUUGGUACUUAGAUUGAAUAGGUAGAAAGCUUGUUGUUAUAUCAAAGCACAUCAAGUCAGUGACAGGACACAGUUGGAAGCAGAGCCAGUCUUCCUUCUCGGUAGGAAAGGAACAGAAAAUAAACAUCCGUGUACGACCCUGUACAAGUGGCUUUCCUAUGGCAGAGUCCAGGCAGCCUUGAAUCACAGAGUGGGAACAAAGGAUGGCUUCAUCCAGCUUCCCAGGUGGAACCUUAUUCAAGGUUGUGAGAGUCUGAAGGAAUCCAUAAUCUAAGAGGCAUAGCACAGUGCCUUGCCCGUGGUAGGCAGCUAACUCGACCUUAAGGAUUGGUUUGGCAAGCUGAAGUGUGGAUGUCUCUGCUACUGUCUCCUACUGAGCAACCCACAGUAUUCCCCUAAGGUGGCUGGGUUUGGGAGUUAGCUGGGGACUGGAAUCCUUGAGAAGUAAAGCACAUUGGACUCUAAGGAGAAGGUGAAACUUGGUCCACAGGGGGAGUAGGCUGUGUCAUCCAAGGCCAGCAGAGGGCUGUAGUAGUUCUAGAACCCAGAUUCUCUGAAGAGAGCGUGCUUUUGGAAUCACCUACCCUUCCUUAUCUAUUGCUUGACUUCUAACUCCCAAGUCAGCCAGCUUUGGAACCUACAGAACUUGGAGAUCCUAUCUGUUUUGUCUCUUAAAUCCUGUUUUUAAAAACAAAGACCACUAUUGAGCAGUAUUAAGCAGAUUUUUAAAUAAUGACAUGGGUCUUCAUUGUCAUUAGAUGGACAGUUAACAGGGUGGCCAAGGACAUGCUCAAAUGUAGUAGUGGGCUGUACAUCCUUUACAGCAGAUGUCCCAUAGGCCUGUAGCCAAUGGGACAGUCCCAGGGUUUAGCUGUGAAACUGUUGACGAUUGUCUUUAAGUGGUGCUCCCAAGAGCUUUUUUUAUGGCAAAUAGAAGAAUCCAGGCCAGUCAUCUAGGAGCUUGAUUUUUGCUGUGGAGGGUCAACUUGUCACUUAUACAGGCUGACAUGGUUCUCAAAGGCAUGGUCACAGGAUUGUCAUCUCAAGGUCCUGCCUGAAAUUCUAUAUAUCUGGUUUCUUUUGUCCUCAGCCUUUUUCUAGCUAUCCUGUUUAACCGAUGAAUAGAUAAGGGGAUAAGGUGUUCAAAGGAAACAAGGGUUACCUAGCAGGCUUUUCUGGUUUGAAACUGUAUGCAUUGUCUCAUGAGAAUAUACUCAGGAAAUCACAUUUAUCUGGAAAUUCAAUAAAUCAUAUUAAAAAAUAAACAAGACCAGCCUGAAUAUCCAGGAUGUAUGUAAAGUUGACGUAUGACUAUAUCCUCUGGUGUUUUAAGCCUCAUUCAUUUUUCCCAUGCCAUGCCCGUUGGGGAUUCUCUUGCCCAGAAUAUGUGCCAUAAACAGAACCAACAGAUCCAGAGAAUACCUCUGAUAGCCUUUAUCUACAUGGACUACCCAUCAGUUACAUGUAUAGAUUUAUUCUAAUAGAUCCAUCACAGAUGAAUGCACAUAAUAGUCUGUUAAUGUUUGAUGAAGCAUGAAUGUUACAUAUCUACAAAUAGACAUGGCAGGACAGGGACACACACCACAUCUUGUAAGGUUUGUAAGUCAGAGCUUUGGCAACAACAUUUUGUUUUAGGGUCAUUUGAUCUUUGUAGCAAUCAGAAUCGUUUCAGGAGAAAACCACCUAAGUAGACUUUGAUCCUUCUUUUUCUCAGUUUACCUUUUGGGAAACCCAAGUUAAAGCAUCACCUAAUGAUUUACUAAAAUUCAAGAAAUCCAAACCAGUCAGUGAGAAGAAUGGCUCAUCUUUCAGGGUAAUGUUUGACCCUAGAUUUUUCAAGAUCGUCUUCCCCACCCAUGUGGAAAAAAAAAAAAUCUAUAGGGGAAUCUGAAUCUAAGAGCACAGUUCCUCAAUAAAGGACUUUAAGCAACUUUAGGCAGCAAUUGAAUUCCAUUUUUUAAAAAUUCCCAUUAGAUACAGAAGCAGGUUGCAAUGUCCUUGCCUGUAGAGUUUCCAUUUCCUAUAAAAGACAAAUAUUUAUUUCUCCUCCCUAACCACUAGUCAGCCUGGUUAUUCAUGAAACCUUAAAGUAAGCAUGCCAAAAUGCCUACCUCCUGGAUUUAGAUUUGGGGAAGCCUAGAAAGACUUGGGAGGAAUUCCAUUUAUGGGGGAAUUCCUGGUAGGUGUUGCCCGAAAUCUCAAUGACCAGUUAAUUAGGUCUCAGGUCAUUUCCACUCAUGCAUGGAGAACAAUGUCAUUUGCACGUGCUUCUACUCAAGAGGCCCUUUCAGAAUCAGGUGGCUGGGAAACUUCUCUAUUGGGUCCCCAAAAGGAAAAAAAAUCCUGUCAUAAUUUUGCAAAUACCAUACUUCCCUUUGCUCUUGAUGGCAAAUAUUUGUUAUAAUUUUUCAAAGUGGUGCUCCCAAGAGCUUUUUUUAUGGCAAAUAGAAGAAUCCAGGCCAGUCAUCUAGGAGCUUGAUUUUUGCUGUGGAGGGUCAACUUGUCACUUGUACAGGCUGACAUGGUUCUCAAAGGCGUGGUUACAGGAUUGUCAUCUCAAGGUCCUGCCUGAAAUUCUACAUAUCUGGUUUCUUUUGUCCUCAGCUUUUUUCUAGCUGUCCUGUCAGAAUUGAGGCUCCUGCCUUUGCAAUAUUUCCCCUUGAAGAACAGCAAUAAAUUCAAGUAGGUAUGCACAUGCUCAGAGAUUAUUCUUCUUGGUUCUCACUCUUAAAAAACAAGUCUCAGCAGCGCUUGCCUGAUUUGAUGACUAAAAGUACACAGCAGUUUCACCCCAGGGGAGGUGGUUAUUACUCAGCUGCUCUCCAACUCUGAGGACCAGCCAGCUGUCUGGGUUGCUGGAUUUGCUUUGUAUAAUGUCCAGCUGAACUCAUUCCAGGCAAAGAUAAAGGACCAAAUGGGAUUUUCAGUUAUUGUAAUACUCACUCUUUGAAUAAGGAUGCUAGGGUCUAGGGGCAGAAGAAGAUUAAUUGAAAGCAAAGACUCAAGUGAGAGUUUUAUAAAUCUAGUUGUCAGAGAAGAUUAAUAGUCUCAGCGUCUGUAGGAGUUUCUGGCUAGCCCUAGAACAAGGGUCACUGAGUGCCAAUCAGGUAGGUGGCACUAAAGGCAGAGUGGAGUGAGUUCAAAGACUCUCAUGAAACAUUAGCUUAUGAUUUUCCCUUAAAGAGAACCCAGUUUUCCCUCUUCAUCGUCCUUCCUCUUCUUUGGCUGAUUAUGAGACAAUUUAGUAAGUGAUCAUAUGGACAGGUUAGUAUAAGGAUUGGCUUUAGGGAAUCUUAAUUGAGUAGUAUCUAAUUUCAUAGCAUAAAAUAACUAAUUCAGGCAAUGACAUAGAGAUGAGAGAAACAACAUGGUUGGGUAGAGGAAAUAUCGAAUUGAGACUCUGUCCGUCUUCAGCUGGAUGACUUUACACAAGCUACUUUGCUUAUGCCCAAGCUUCAUUUCUCCCAUAUGAAAAGUGAAGGAGUCAGAUUAAAUGAUUUUAAUCCCCUUUCAAUCCUACAAAUCCAUGGUAUUACAAUCUCUGCUUUAUUAUCUUCUUUCUCAAGAGGCUUACUACUAUAAAAGAUGACGUAUUUAUUCUCGAAGGCAGAGGGGCCCAUAAUAAUGAAGAAUCUAGAUUCUUAUCCCUUUGGGAGAAAUUGAAUUCAAACCUCUAUUCAUUUUAUGCUUUCCUACAAGCUUGGAAGGUGGCCAUGUGGAUCUGCAGUUUGAUGUUUUGAGACACCGAUAAACAUCCUUUCGUAAAAGGUCCCUUUACCUAAACUCACUGUCCUAGUGGCAGUAGCGAUUCAGCUCAGGGAAAAUGCUGCCCUAUCAGCGGGAGGGACGGGACCUGUCUCCAGCUGCACUCAAGCUCUUGCAUCAUCCCCGCUGUAGCAACAGAGCCCACUCCAAAUACCCAAACCACAUAGUUUUCUCCAGACAGUCCUAAUUGCCAACCCAGUAUGGGAAUUUGAGAGCCUUUGGCAAAUAAACUUGAACACUCAUGAAAUUUGGUGCAAGACUUACACAAUCCCAGCAACUGUCUGUAAAUACCUUGCCUCCUCCGCAUGGGUGCAGACACGCACAUCCAUUCACAAGCAAGUGGGGCUGAGUCUUUUCUCUGGAGGGCUAUGCAGGGAGAUUUUAUUGAAUUCAUUUUCAAAUUUUCUGCUUGGUUUGCUUUCCCAGCGGGCAUCGCCACAGCAGAGAAGCUCUAACUUUGCAGACCAUCAUUCCUCUUUUGGAUGCCUGCAGAGUUUCUGAGUGGAUGGGGUGUGGUGCAUGGUCCGCAAGGUUCAUGCCACAAGCCACGACCUUUAAGCAACCUCUUGCACUUUCCGCUCUUGCUGUAAUGGGCCAUUGCUUGCAUCUUUUCUCUUGGUCCAAACUUCUGCUAAUAGAGUUUGCAUUUCUUGUGUGGUGACUUAUCUUUAUUGACAGAGAAGGCUUCAGCUCUCCAGAUUUGGGGGAGAGAGGUGUAAAGCUAGGACUGAAAGGAUUGAGGGUUUUUUUUUUUGUUGUUGUUGUUAUUGUCAUUUGCUUUGAUUUUUUUUUUUUUUUUUUUGCAUUAGUACAGAACAUCUGAUGCAAGAGCAACAAGAUAAGCUAUUUCUUAAUCAACCCAUUUAAGAAACUGUAAAAAUGUGAGAGAAGCCCCUCAGGUCCUAUUUCAUUCUCUUUAAAUAAUAUCCUGAAUAAUUACUGAUCAGGUUCUUUUUCUAUGUCCAGCCUUGCUCCACCCUCCAGUCCUUGAGCCAAGUAUCCAUUUUGAGAUCUUUCAAAGUCCUGUUUAUCAUGCAGGGACCUUUUGUGCUGAGAAUGAAAUCUACUACUGGAACAGACCUCGCUGCUUUGCAGAGUCAGCACUUGACCUAGACAAUGUGGACCAACAGGUCCCCAGUUCCUUGGAAAUGUCCACAAUCCCUGGGUGAGGGUUGGAACCGAACCACUGACUGUUAACCCUUGUUAUCGCCCCCUGUGGAGGUGGAUAUGAUGCAGUCAGUCUUGCUACGUCUGGGGCUCAGUUUCUUCUUCCAGCAACCAGUUAGUCUGCCUGGAAAUAGCCUCUUGUAGGGGGCAGAUGUACUCACUAGCCAAGGAGGUUGGUUCAGCACAUCUCUGAGGUUUCUCCUGCGUGGGACAGAUAAUCUGAGAUGCACAAUAGGCUCUCGGGUGGCUUACUACUCCAUGGGAGUUGCUUUCCCCAGCAGGAACUCAUCCUUUGGCAUCCAGAUUCUUCUACAGAUCCCCCUCACUCCCUCUUGUCCUCCUUUCCCUGAAGAGCUUAGCUCCGCCGUCUCCAUGUUGCACAACUCAGAUCAGAUUAUCUGGUCACUAGAGAGAUUUGUAUAUAAAAAGCUACUUUUUCAAGAAUUUUUGUAUAUUCUUUUUCUAUUUGUUCUUCUACAGUUUGAGGAAAGAGCUGGCAAACUGUGAAUCUAAUUUUAUCUUGCUGCCAGCAGAUAGAUUUUGUCUUCCUGGUAAGAAUCUAUGGUACCAGGAACAAUAUAUUCCUCUCAUCAGUAUUGCACCCCCAAAACUACAAAUCACUUCAGCUCAGUCUUUCAUUCUUUCUUAAACAAAUCCCCAUGCCUCUUUGCUAUUAUUUAUAAAAGCAUGAGAAAAUGUAUUUAUAGUCAUGGAUAUUAUAUGUUUAAUAUUAAUUUAGCCUUCAAUAAUGUUAUAGGUUUGUAUCUAUUCUUCAGAAAUCAUAAAGAACUCAGUAUAGACUGAAUUAAUCUAUUUAGUAUCUGUAAUUUUGCAGACAGAUAUUUUCUUAUGGUAUUUUCUAUAGAACCACAUAUAUAGAAUUAUAACUAGAGCACAAGAAAUUUCUACAGCAAUUUAGAGCUAUCAGUUGUUUCCUGAGUAUAUCACCACACUUCAAAAAUUGAAGGUCCCAUCCUUAGUGAUGCAGUGAACAUGUCCAUUAAGAACAAAGGAUUACUCAAAUGCCUUAGGUUGUUAGGACAUACAUCUAAACAAUUUUUCUAACUCAAGGAAUGGUGCUGAUUUUACAUUUUUUGACACCAGGCCUUGUUUUUCCAGCUGAGCAUUCGAAUUUUGAUGGUCUCUAAGAUGAUCAAAGGCAAGAUGAUAAUAGCAGGAUCAUUUUUAUAUCAGAAUCUCCCCUACCUCUCUAAAUGUUUAUAUGAAAUUUGGCUUAGGAAAACUUCCAGUAGCAAAGACUGAAUACUAGGAAGGAUAUUGGAAUGUUAUUUGUUGCAGUUAAUUCUUGCUAAGCAAAAUGAUAGUAAAUGUCACAUUGUUAAAUGAAUUGAGCACAUAUUUUUUAAGGAAAAUUUGAAAACUUUUUUUUAAUACUGACAAUGAAGCAAUGCUGUGUCACUGAGGGCUGUAGGUACCAUCUUAGAGUCACACUGAAAUUGUUUAGAAAAAGCCCAGGUAGAUUUUUGUCCUCAGGUGAAUAAUGAGCUGUGUAACUUUCCCAGAAGGGAAGUAGUAAAUCACUGGCCACUGAAAAGAUGAGGUGUCUUUCCUCUGCCAAACACACUUUCUGAUAGGGUGGUAGGGUUAGUUUCUUUCCCCUCCAUUUUAAAAACUAGCCAGUUACAUAGAAAGCAUACUAGUGUGUAGUCGAACCUGCUCCUCAUUAAGCAAACAGAUUAGAUGUGUCCUUAACUGGCUAAGAUUGUAUCUGUUUUCAAGUACAGCUAGUUGUCAAAGCAUGAAGUUCUUGUGUGUACACGCUGAUACUUGGUUCACGCAUGAAGAACAGUGCCUAAGCACUCUGUGUAGCUAUAAUGUAGGUAUCUAAGUGUAAUUUCAGUGAAAUGGUGUAUAGAUGUAUUGUAAUUUAAUUUAAAUGUUAUUUUUGGCUGUUCAUCUAAAUGCAAUAGACGUGUUGAUUUGUGUUUUGAAAACCCCCUUUUUCUUCUUAGAUAGAAGCUAUGAGCAGUGAGUCAUUUCUCCUUUCAAUGUCAUUUGAAGAUAUAUAUGCGUGCAGAACUUCUCUGAGUCCCUUGUACUAAUGAUUGUGUGAAGGUCUGUGGGUGUCCAGCACCUCUGUAAAUACACGGUUCAAAGCAGGGAUGGGUUGGACAUGUGGUCUGGUUCUUAGUGCAGGUCAUGUGACAUCGGUAUAAUACACGGUGAAUGCAACAGGGGAGCUCUUGAUUAUCUCAGCCUAGGUAGGUUCAGCAUGAGGACACUCACCUGCAGUCCUCCCUUACCUGGUGGGCCAGGCUCAUUGAGACAAAAGGUCGGUCGGCUCCCAUGCAUGUUAGCAUCGUGUCUUUAGGGAAGAAUCAUUCUCUCUAGUUGCCAAAUACUCAUCACGAUGCUAAUGGCCCAAAGGUUCUGAAGAACCUUGUCUCCCUUGGCCUCUUGAGUCAGGGCAUGGGAAACACACUGUCUGACUAGCUGCCUUCCAGGUGAAACCCCACAAAAGCACAGUUUGGGCAGCAAACAGCACAGUUGUAGAAAGAUAGAGCACUAGAAGCACAGGGUCAGUUCGUUUGCAGUUUUGGGGGCUGCUGAGGGGCAACUUCCCAUAUCUGUGUAGGAAAUUUGACCUCUACCAUUAUGCUCCAUGUGUAUGCUUGGAAUGACUGAAGAUGAGAUUCAUGAAUGCAAUUAUACCUUCAUCUCCAAAAACACACAUUCUAUGUAAUGAUCACUAAAUGCCAUGCUAUGAGUUCUAGAGUUCCUCUAAUCCCUUUCUCCUCCCUAGGGACAGAGAAGAAAUAGUAAUGGGCUGUGGGGAAAACUGAGUGCCCCUCUCUUGUCUCAAGGGACUGAGGCCUGAGCUCACAAGGGCACGAAGCACAUUAAUUUGCAGUGUUUAUUGUAGAUUAGUGGAGUAAGGGGAUAUCGUGGUUGGACACAUUUUUUUUUUCCUUUGAAAAUGUGGCUUCUUCAAAUUCAGAUUGAAAAACUUACAGAAAGAAACUGGCCUUGAGGCAGGAUUAUCUUUGAAGAUUGUUGUAAAUCCAAGAAAGAAUUGCGAUUUCCCUCACACCCACAAUCCCCAUUGGUCUGAAGUCAUGUAGCAUAGAACAUCUAUAGCACAUGGUACUAAUGAAUGCAAAAAGAUAAAACUCUGACUAAUUUUGGGAUUGUUUGUUAUAUAUGGUCCUAGGAAAUGCCUUGUUGGCAAAGCACAUUUUGGGGUUUGAGGGCUUGCAUUUUCGCCUUUAGAUUUCCAAGCUUUCUUUUCGUGUGGACUGAUUAAUGUAACAUUUCACGUGUAAAACAACUGGAUAUUCCUUAUAUGCUGGAAAUAACCUGUGAAUCCAAUAUCUCACUAAGUGUUUUAACUUUUGUGUAUAUAUCUCUCAUCAAUAAAUGUGGACUUCAAUUUCU